AUGAAAGUUUUUUUAUUAAUAUUAUUGGUUUGUUUUAUUUCUAUUAAUGUUGAUGCAUUUCAUAAUUAUAGAGCCAAUUGUGAUUACACCUCUUGUCCUAGAGAAUUUAGUUGCCAUGUAAUCAAUAGAAAUAUCACUGCUUGUUUACCAGAUAAUGAUAUUUGUAGAAAUUUUCCAUGUCCACAGGGUAGUCAUUGUUUCAAUGGUGAAAGAGGUCCUGGUUGUUUUGAUGAUAUCCAUUAUCCAAAUUUAUGCUAUGUAACCCAUUGUUCAUUGGAUUAUGAUUGUAGAAUGGUUAGAGGUGAUCCAAUAUGUUUAAGAUUUCAAAAUGUUAAUCCAACUAAUACUCCAACCCCCACCCCAGUUCAUUGUACCACUUGUGCUGAACUAGCUUCUACUUGUCACUCUGAUGGUUUAGUUUGUAGAACUAUUGUUAAUCCCAAGUGCCGUGGUAAUUCAAUAAAAGCUCUCGCCAAAACUAAAGCAUGUUGUCCAUAUAUUGCAUUUUGUGAUUCAAAUUCAACCUCACACACAACUGGGGUACAAACAACAACAGGAAGAAGUACGACUGGUGUACAAUCAACAACUGGUAGGAGUACAACUGGUAGAAGUACAACUGGUAGAGGUACAACUGGUACAAGUACAACUGGUACAAGUACAACUGGUACAAGCACAACUGGUAGAAGCACAACUGGUACAAGUACAACUGGUACAAGUACAACUGGUAGAAGUACAACUGGUACAAGUACAACUGGUACAAGUACAACUGGUACAAGUACAACUGGUACAAGCACAACUGGUACAAGUACAACUGGUACAAGCACAACUGGUACAAGUACAACUGGUACAAGUACAACUGGUACAAGUACAACUGGUACAAGCACAACUGGUACAAGCACAACUGGUACAAGCACAACUGGUACAAGUACAACUGGUAGAAGCACAACUGGUAGAAGUACAACUGGUAGAAGUACAACUGGUAGAAGUACAACUGGUAGAAGUACAACUGGUAGAAGUACAACUGGUAGAAGUACAACUGGUAGAAGUACAACUGGUUCCGCUUCAACCACAGGAAGAGGUACAACUGGUUCUGCUUCAACCACAGGAAGAGGUACAACUGGUUCUGCUUCAACCACAGGAAGAGGUACAACUGGUGCUGCUUCAACCACAGGAAGAAGUACAACUGGUAGAGGUACAACUGGUAGAAGUACAACUGGUAGAAGUACAACUGGUUCCGCUUCAACCACAGGAAGAGGUACAACUGGUUCCGCUUCAACCACAGGAAGAAGUACAACUGGUUCCGCUUCAACCACUGGAAGAAGUACAACUGGUUCUGCUUCAACCACAGGAAGAGGUACAACUGGUUCUGCUUCAACUACAGGAAGAGGUACAACUGGUUCUGCUUCAACCACAGGAAGAGGUACAACUGGUUCUGCUUCAACCACAGGAAGAGGUACAACUGGUUCUGCUUCAACCACAGGAAGAAGUACAACUGGUGCUGCUUCAACCACAGGAAGAAGUACAACUGGUAGAGGCACAACUGGGGUACAAUCAACAACUGGUGCUGCUUCAACCAUAGGAAGAAGUACAACUGGUUCUGCUUCAACCACAGGAAGAGGUACAACUGGUGCUGCUUCAACCACAGGAAGAAGUACAACUGGUGCUGCUUCAACCACAGGAAGAAGUACAACUGGUAGAGGUACAACUGGUGCUACUACUGCUAAUUCAAUAGGUGGUUUGACAACUGCUGGCGUCACAACAGUUGCUGGAGUAACUACUGCUACUGCCUCAACCGUUGCUGGAGUAACUACUGCCUCAACCGUUGCUGGUGUAACUACUAAUUCAAUAGGUGGUGUAACCACAGGAAGAGGUACAACUGGUGCUGCUUCAACUACAGGAAGAAGUACAACUGGUAGAGGUACAACUGGUGCUACUACUGCUAAUUCAAUAGGUGGUUUAACAACUGCUGGCGUCACAACAGUUGCUGGAGUAACUACUGCUACUGCCUCAACCGUUGCUGGAGUAACUACUGGUAGAGGUACAACUGGUUCUGCUUCAACCACAGGAAGAGGUACAACUGGUGCUGCCUCAACCGUUGCAGGAGUAACUACUGCUAAUUCAAUAGGUGGUAUAACCACUGCUACUGCCUCAACUGUUGCUGGAGUAACUACUGCUAAUUCAAUAGGUGGUUUGACUACUGCUGGCGUCACAACCGUUGCUGGAGUAACUACUGCCUCAACCGUUGCUGGAGUAACUACUGCCUCAACCGUUGCUGGUGUAACUACUAAUUCAAUAGGUGGUGUAACCACAGGAAGAGGUACAACUGGUGCUACUACUGCUAAUUCAAUAGGUGGUGUAACCACAGGUAGAGGUACAACUGGUGCUACUACUGCUAAUUCAAUAGGUGGUUUAACAACUGCUGGCGUCACAACAGUUGCUGGAGUAACUACUGCUACUGCCUCAACCGUUGCUGGAGUAACUACUGCUACUGCCUCAACAGUUGCUGGAGUAACUACUGCUAAUUCAAUAGGUGGUUUGACAACUGCUGGCGUCACAACAGUUGCUGGUGUCACUACUGUCAAUUCAAUAGGUGGUGCAACCACUGCCAAUUCAAUAGAUGGUGCAACCACUGCCACUGCCUCAACCGUUGCAGGAGUAACUACUGCUAAUUCAAUAGGUGGUAUAACCACUGCUACUGCCUCAACUGUUGCUGGAGUAACUACUGCUAAUUCAAUAGGUGGUGUAACCACAGGAAGAGGUACAACUGGUGCUGCUUCAACUACAGGAAGAAGUACAACUGGUAGAGGUACAACUGGUGCUACUACUGCUAAUUCAAUAGGUGGUUUAACAACUGCUGGCGUCACAACAGUUGCUGGAGUAACUACUGCUACUGCCUCAACCGUUGCUGGAGUAACUACUGCUAAUUCAAUAGGUGGUUUGACAACUGCUGGCGUCACAACAGUUGCUGGUGUCACUACUGUCAAUUCAAUAGGUGGUGCAACCACUGCCAAUUCAAUAGAUGGUGCAACCACUGCCACUGCCUCAACCGUUGCAGGAGUAACUACUGCUAAUUCAAUAGGUGGUAUAACCACUGCUACUGCCUCAACUGUUGCUGGAGUAACUACUGUCAAUUCAAUAGGUGUAACAACUGCUAGUUCAAUAGGUGGUUUAACAACUGCUGGCGUCACAACCGUUGCUGGUGCCACUACUGCCAAUUCAAUAGGUGGUUUAACUACUGCUGGCAUUACAACAGUUGCUGGUGCCACUACUGUCAAUUCAAUAGGUGGUUUGACAACUGCUGGCAUCACAACAGUUGCUGGUGUCACUACUGCCAAUUCAAUAGAUGGUGCAACCACUGCCACUGCCUCUGCCUCAACCGUUGCAGGAGUAACUACUGCUAAUUCAAUAGGUGGUAUAACCACUGCUACUGCCUCAUCUGUUGCUGGAGUAACUACUGCUUCAGUUGGAGGUUUGACAACUGCAGUUGCCUCUACAGUAGCUGGAGUAACUACUGCUGCUUCAAUAGGUGGCGUAACCACUGCUACUGCCUCAACCGUUGCUGGAGUAACUACUGCCUCAACCGUUGCUGGUGUAACUACUAAUUCAAUAGGUGGUGUAACCACUGCUACUGCCUCAACUGUUGCAGGUGUAACUACUGCUGCUUCAAUAGGUGGUUUAACUACUGCUGGUUUAACAACAGUUGCUGGAUUUACCACUGCUGCCUCUGUUGGAGGUUUAACUACUGCUGGUGCUACAACAGUUGCUGGUUCAACAACUUCCCCAGCAUCAGUAGGUGACUUAACUACUGCUGGAGCAACAACAGUUGCUGGGGUUACCACUGCUGCUUCUGUUGGAGGUUUAACUACUGCUGGUGCUACAACAGUUGGAGGUUUAACUAAUGCUAAUUCAAUAGGUGGUGUAACCACUGCUACUGCCUCAACGGUUGCUGGUGUAACUACUAAUUCAAUAGGUGGUGUAACCACUGCUACUGCCUCAACUGUUGCAGGUGUAACUACUGCUGCUUCAAUAGGUGGUUUAACUACUGCUGGUUUAACAACAGUUGCUGGAGUAACUACUGCUUCAGUUGGAGGUUUGACAACUGCAACUGCCUCUACAGUAGCUGGAGUAACUACUGCUGCUUCAAUAGGAGGUUUAACUACUGCCGGCAUUACAACAGUUGCUGGUUCAACAACAACAGUUGCUGGAGUCACCACUGCUGCUUCUGUUGGAGGUUUAACUACUGCUGGUGCUACAACAGUUGCUGGAGUUACUACUGCUGCUUCUAUUGGAGGUUUAACUACUGCUGGUGCUACAACAGUUGCCGGAGUUACUACUGCUGCUUCUAUUGGAGGUUUAACUACUGCCAGUUUAACAACAGUUGCUGGUUCAACAACUUCCUCUUCAUCAGUUGGUGGUUUAACUACUGCUGGAGCAACAACAGUUGCUGGAGUAACUACUGCUGCUUCUGUUGGUGGUUUAACUACUGCUGGUAUUACAACAGUUGCUGGAGUUACUACUGCUGCUUCUGUUGGAGGUUUAACUACUGCCGGUUUAACAACAGUUGCUGGUUCAACAACUUCCUCUUCAUCAGUUGGUGGUUUAACUACUGCUGGAGCAACAACAGUUGCUGGAGUUACUACUGCUGGAGCAACAACAGUUGCUGGAGUUACUACUGCUGCUUCUGUUGGAGGUUUAACUACUGCCGGUAUUACAACAGUUUCUGGAGUAACUACUGCCAAUUCAAUAGGUGGCGCGAACACCGCUACCGCCGGUAUAACUACUGCUGGAGCAACAACAGUUGCUGGAGUUACUACUGCUUCUGUUGGUGGUUUAACUACUGCCGGUAUUACAACAGUUGCUGGAGUAACUACUGCUGCUUCUGUUGGUGGUUUAACUACUGGUAUUACAACAGUUGCUGGAGUUACUACUGCUGCUUCUGUUGGAGGUUUAACUACUGCCGGUUUAACAACAGUUGCUGGUUCGACAACUUCAUCUUCAUCAAUUGGAAGUUUGACUACGGCUGGUUUAACAACAGUUGCUGGAGUUACUACCGCUGCUUCUGUUGGAGGUUUGACAACUGCCGGUGUAACAACAGUUGCUGGCUCAACAACUUCCCCAGCAUCAGUAGGUGGUUUAACUACUGCUACUGCCUCAACGGUCGCUGGAGUUACUACUGCCGCUUCAAUAGGAGGUUUAACUACAGCUGGUAUAACAACAAUUGCUGGUUCAACAACUUCUGCUUCAUCAGUGGGUGGUUUAACUACUGCUGGUUUAACAACAGUUGCUGGAGUUACUACUUCUGCUUCUGUUGGAGGUUUUACAACUGCCGGUAUAACAACAGUUGCUGGUUCAACAACUUCCCGAGCAUCAGUAGGUGGUUUAACUACUGCUGGUGCUACAACAGUUGCUGGAGUUACUACUGCUGCUUCUGUAGGUGGUUUAACUACUUCUUCUUUGACAACAGUAGCUGGUGUCACUACUGGUACUGCUUCUGUUGGUGGUUUAACGACUGCUGGUGUAACUACCACCGCUGCUUCUGUUGGUGGUUUAACAACUGCAGGUAUUUCAACAAUAUCUGGUGUUACUACUGCCACAGCCUCAACGGUGGCAGGUAUGACUACUGCCGCUGCUACAUCAGGUGGUGUUUCAACUGCUACCGUAUCAUCAGGUGCCACAACUACUCAGGCAUCAACACUAUUUGGAAUAACAACUGCUGCUUCUGUAGGCGCUUUAACAACAGCAGGUAUGACAACAGUCGCUGGUUUUACUACUGCUGCUUUUGUAGGUGGUUUAACAACUGCUGGUUUAACAACUGCUGGUGUAACUACUACCGCUGCUUCUGUUGGUGGUUUAACAACUGCUGGUGUAACAACUACUGCUGCUUCUGUUGGUGGUUUAACAACUGCUGGUGUGACUACUACCGCUGCUUCUGUUGGUGGCUUAACAACUGCUGGUGUAACUACUACCGCUACUUCAUCAGGUAGUGUUUCAACUGCUACCGUAUCAUCAGGUGCCACAACUACUCAUGCUUCAACACUAUUUGGAAUAACAACUGCUGCUUCAAUAGGUGCUUUAACAACUGCAGGUAUGACAACAGUAGCUGGUGUUACUACUGCUGCUUCUGUAGGUGGUUUAACAACUGCUGGUCUAUCAACAGUAUCUGGUGUAACUACUUCUGCUUCUGUGGGUUCUUUAACAACUGCUGGUUCAACAACUCGUUCUGGUUCAACAACUCGUUCUGGUAUAAUAGGUGGUUAA